GCCAUAAGAUUUUCUGCUCUGGUUUAGAAGAAAGAGAAUUAAACAUUUUUAGCCAUUGGCCACUGGUCCAUUGGUAUUUUUCUCUAUACAUAAAGAUACUACUACUAAUAAUAAUAACAACAAAUCUGUCGAACCCACUGCGUUUAAACUUUAUUUUGCCUUGGAGGCGAAUAGCCUACUCAUGGAAUUGUGACCCAUGCCGACCGCACCUUGCAGAUAACGGCAGUUCCACAGCAAGCGCUGUCCAGCACCGGAUUCUUGGAGGACAAUGCCUUCCUUGCAUCAUGGGGCUGUAUUUAUUGGGGUAUUUCUUAUUGCCACUGGUGGGGCAACUGCUUUCCUAACGUCCAGCCACGGCAGGCUACAGGCAUUUAGUUUGUGCUGUGUUGUGCUUGGUGCUGUGCUGUUGAUCCUGGGACUUUUCUGGGCUAUGAAUGGGAAAAGCAACUCUGGCUCUUACAGCAACGAUUACAGCCAUGUCCUCUUUGCCCCUCCGCCCGGUAAUCAUUUUCCCGAGUCCCAGUCGGUUCUGUUCCAAAGGACACUGGAGAGCCAAAGGCAUGGAGUUUAUGGAGAGGAAUUCGACUAUCCCCCCGCAGACCCCAGCUUUUUCAACUCUCCAGGGCGGCCGCCUCACUGGGACCUGGAACCCCCACCUCCCUAUGAAGUGGCCAUCAAAACCACCAGAAGCUCCACACACCUGCGCCGCAGCUAUUCUGACACACUGCUGCCCACAGAGCCUCUUUUCUGCCGCUCUCGAGAGAUCAGUUUUGAAGUGUAACAGUCUUCCCCAUCCGCAUUCUGUGUGACACCUGCCCUCCAUUCCUUUCUCUCCCACAAGAUCAGCCUCACUUUUCUGCACUCCUUUUUCUCCUGAGAUCAGACUCAAAGCUGGGCAAUCCUACUGCUGUUCCUCUCCUCCUUCUCAUCACCUCAACAAAUGUCGUAAAGACCCUUGGAACACCUUCACUCCCUAAUCCCAAAGCCUCUCAUUAUCUUGGAGCACAAAAUGACUGGCAGACAAUGUAAAAAGCUUUGGAGGUACGAGUUAUGGUUUUGAAACAUCUGUUUGCUGUCUGAAGUUUGACUUCUGGUAUGCUUUUAUUUUAGAAAUUGCAAGGAGCU